AUGGCAGUGAAUCGUGAUAUUGACGGCGAUGAUGAUUGCUUACACUACUCCGAUGAAGACAUCGGCAUAAGAUGUGGUUGUGGUUUGAUUGGGUUCAAGAAAAACCAAGUGUUUGAUUACAAUUUCAAUAGCGAGAUAGAAGAAGAUGAUGAUUUGUUUGAGAUAAAUCUUAAGAAGGAAGAACCAUUGGAUUCAAUCAAAGAAGAAGAUUGUGAAAGCAGUACUGUCUUCUCUCUUGAUAUCCAGAACGAUAACUUAUCUGAUUCUGAUUCCGAUGUGGUUUAUGUGGCUGUUGGAGAAACUUUUUCAAGCAUGGAAGCACUUUCGUGGACCUUAAAACACUUGGUGAACCCUAAUUUUACUAUUGUUUCUCUUAUACAUGUUUUCCCUCAAGUCAAGCGAAUUCCAACUCCAUUGGGAAAAAUUCCAAGGAGUCGUGUGAAUAAACAACAUGUCAACAUCUACUUGACCCAAGUGAAAAGCAAGAGGAAAAUACUCCUUCAGAAGUUCAUUGACCUAUGUAUUGACUCAAAAGUUAAGGUGGAUAUUUUGCUUAUUGAGGGUGACAACGUUGGUGAAGCCGUUGUAGAGACUGUUACGAAUCUAAAUAUUACAAAACUGGUGAUUGGAACUACACAAUCUAAUCUAAGAAAACAUGUGUCAAGAAGACAAAUUUCUACUGCAGAGAUGGUGUUAAAAAGUGUAGAAGAAAGAUGUGAUGUUAAAAUCAUAUGUGAAGGAAGGGAAGUGAUUGAUGAGAUGAAUAAUGGGUGCAGUUCACAGCAUGAUGAAGUAGAUGGUUUUGUUCCAAUCAAGCGUUUCAUGCCCAAUCCGUUUUGGUUAUUUAGGUCUAGGUGA